AUGCCUUCCGCAGCUAUGUGCAUGAGAACGUUGAGAGCAUAUUCUCGCUACGGCUCGAAUCAUGCUAGGAUACUCGCUAGGACCUUCUCGGCGACGUCUAGACGCGCCGAGAUUAACAAGGUGUAUCCGUCUGUCACUGAAGCUUUAAAAGAUAUGAAACCGGAUUCUACAUUAUUAUGUGGAGGGUUUGGUCUUUGCGGUGUUCCAGAUACAUUAAUCAAUGAGGUUUUAAAUAAACCCGAAAUCACAGGCAUUACAGCAGUCUCAAAUAAUGCCGGAACUGAUUCUUCUGGAUUAGGUAAACUCUUAAAGACUAAACAGAUUAAGAAGAUGAUCGCCAGUUAUAUAGGCGAGAACAAGACGUUCGAGCAGAUGUACCUUACAGGUGAAGUUGAACUGGAACUCACGCCUCAAGGUACUUUGGCCGAACGAUGUGCCGCUGGCGGUAAAGGUAUCCCGGCUUUCUACACUCCUGCAGCUUUCGGCACCGUAGUACAAACUGGCGAACUACCCUUGAAGAACAAGAGCGACGGAACUCCCGACGUGUUCUCGUACCCGAAAGAUGUGAAAGUUUUCAACGGCAAGUCUUAUCUUCUGGAACACGCUAUUGCCGGAGACUACGCCUUCGUGAAGGCUUACAAGGCAGACAAGCUCGGAAAUUGUCAGUUCCGCCUUGCUGCUAACAACUUCAACGGUGCUAUGGGCCGAAAUGCCAAGAUGACCAUUGUUGAAGCCGAACAUAUCGUCGAGCCUGGCGAGAUCCCGCCCGAGGCUGUCCACUUACCGGGUAUCUACGUCAAGAGAGUUAUCCAAAGCACCGCGGAGAAGAACAUCGAAAAAUUCACCUGGACGAAGGAUGAAAACGACGCAGAUGCUAAGAAGGCGCUGGGCACAGGUGACACGGCAGCUAAGAGGGAGAGGAUUGUUCGCAGGGCAGCUAAGGAGUUCAAGAAUGGAAUGUACGCAAACCUAGGAAUAGGUAUGCCUAUGCUUGCGCCCGGAUUCGUGGGCCCCGAAGUCGAGGUGCAACUCCAGUCCGAAAAUGGUAUUUUGGGUCUUGGACCAUACCCAAGGCCAGGCGAGGAGGAUGCCGACCUUAUCAAUGCCGGGAAGGAGACCGUAACACUAAAGCCAGGUGCUGCCGUCUUCGGUAGCGAGGAAAGCUUUGGUAUGAUCCGUAGCGGUCGUAUCAACUUGACGAUAUUAGGAGCUAUGCAAGUUAGCGCUACGGGUGAUCUUGCAAACUGGAUGCUGCCCGGAAAGGUCAAGGGCUUCGGUGGAGCGAUGGACUUGGUUAGCAACCCAAGCGCAACGAAAGUUGUUGUCACAAUGGAACACACAGAUAAGAAGGGUAACCCGAAGAUUGUUAAGCAGUGUGCUUUUCCCUUGACGGGUCGGGCUUGCGUGUCUAGGAUUAUUACGGAAUUGGGAGUAUUUGAUGUUGAUUUUGCACAUGGCCUUACGUUGAUCGAGAUCGCGGAUGGCGUGACGGUGGAUGAGAUAAAGAGCAAGACUGAGGCGCCAUUCCACGUUGCGGAGGAUCUUAAACCGAUGCUAUGA